AUGCCGAUCAACCGUACAUCGCCGCCCGCUUCGCCCGCGUCUGUGAGCUCAGAUGAUACAUCGCAAUCGCAGACAUCGCGGACGCGCGCAAUUGACGCGACAGAACGGACGACAAAACUUCACAGUGAAUCGGCGCCUGAUAUUCCAUCGUUUACGUUAAAUGUUACUGAGCGUAAAAAAAGGAAACAUGACGGAGUGAAUCCUAACAUUAUGUCUUAUAUGAGUGAAAUGUUUUCAGUUUAUACGAAUGAACAAGCAAAGUAUUUCAAAGAUUUACAAACUAUAGUUUCUAGUAUAAAAGAACAGAACGAUGAAUUAAAAAAAAGAACGUCGAUACUAUGUCAAUCAUGUAUGAUGAGUUUCUAUCACGGAUAUCCGUUCUAG